AUGCUUUUUACUCCCGCACGCUUCCACAUUGUCUUCCUCAUUGCAGCAUCACCAUCACUCGAGAAGAAAUCCAAACUGAUAUAUCACACGAUACGUCUUACGUGUAUCUAUCGCAACAUGGCAGACGCAGAGAAGCAUCAGAUCGUCGCGGAACAUGUUCUCGAUGUCUUUGAACUCUCUUAUGCGCGAGGCAUCAACGACGAAAACGUGGCGCCAUCAGCCCUUAUGAUGGCAAGCUGGUUUGACUUCGCCGAAAAGUUCCCCAAAGUCGCCGAGACCGUGAGAGCUGGUGCAAAGGCUUUCGCAAUUCCCGGCAAUAAUCAGUCGGAAGAGGAGUCCAAGAAGGGACUCCCGCUUUUUUACAUCCUCAACCCGGUCUACCAGAGAGGACAUCAGCUCAAUACGCGAGAACAAAGAGCCGCGGCACGAUGUGUUGGUCCAAAAGAACUGGUUUAUUGCCAGGCAUUGGGAGGAGUGGGUAGGGAGGAGCACGUCAAAAUAUAUGUCUACAAGGGGGCCGACGCGGCUGAGAAGUUAGACGGAACGGCGUUUCACAAGGGGCAAACUAUGAUGGAGGACGGACCACUUGUGGUCAUCAAGACGGCGAGAUUUGCAAUGUAG